AUGCACCGCCCUCCUACUAAUAUCGCUCCCAAUACCCACCACCCACCACCUUGCUUGGUCCAUGCUGGGGCUAGAGCUAACUGGUCUCGCUCCGGCCACCUCGCCAUGCUCUCCAGCAAAUCCCGGCAUGUGAAAGUUCUCGCCGUCCCUGCCUCCAGCUCCCAAGGCAACUCCAACAAUAACAUCAGCCAACAUACAAAACUAAGGACGGACAAGUUCUUCGAAGUGGAGAUGGCCGUCCAUGACAACGAACUUGACGAGUAUGGAGUUGUUAACAACGCCAUUUAUGUUGCUUACAUCCACAACGCUCGAGAGGAUCUGGCUGCGAGCAUUGGCUUCAGCAUGGCCUCCAUAGCACGCACCGGCAACGCGAUGGCACUUCUGGAGCUGAACCUCAAGUACCUCAAGCCUCUACGACGAGGUGCCAAGUUUGUCGUCAAGGUUAGGAUUGUCCAAAUAAAGGGCGCGAGGAUACUCGUUGAUCACUUCAUCGAGACGCUGCCGGAUCAUAAGCUUGUAUUGGAAGCGACAGCGACCAUCGUCUGCCUCAACAAGGACUACCGUCCGACCCGCGUCUUCCCAGAGAUGUCAUCUAAGCUGCAUCAGUUCUUCUCAUCCAAGGAUGGUUAG